GUCGCUCGUUUAAGUGUGCUUAUGGUUCACCCGCGUCCCGAGAGAUCGAGAUCGUGAAGAGUGUUGCUGUCAACUGAGCAAGCCGAUAGCCUGACGAAAACGACGUCUUCGUCAGCGAUCACGAAGAAUUGAAAGGUCUUUGUUCUUCAUUUCUCUUCCCAUCCAACUGUCUGAUUCCAUCGUUGAAUUCGGACCUCGGAGCAAGAUGAAGUACCUUGCAGUCCUCCUUCUCCCACUUGCCAUCUCGGCACCUACCGUACAAGACAACCACCAAGGACAGGCGCCAAAGCACUUGUCUACCUCGCAGAGGAUUUUUAUCCCGUCAUCCUUGUCAGAGGGCCUAUCAAAGCUCAGUGGUCUGACCUGGAAGACCGCUGGAGAGAUCGUCGAGUCUUUCGAAGACCAAGACGCAGCGGAUGUAGUCUCGGAAGAUAAGACCAUCUGGCAAUUGUUGAAGGAUGAUCCUGUCAAUUUCUCAAAGCUCAUCAAGGUCGUCGAGUUCGUCGGGGAUGAACCUCUUAAAUACCUUGAUGGCGAUAAACCCAUCACUUUCUUCGCUCCCAAUAACGAAGCGUUGACUCCACCUGGACAUGGGCCUGGUCAUCAUGGAGAUCACGGACAUCACGAGUAUGACUUGGCAGAACUCAUGUCGAACCCCUCCCUUGCUUCCAUUUCGGCACUUUUGGAAAAUGAGCCAUCUCUUAUGAUCACCAGCGAUGAUGACGGAGACGAUGAUGAUGACGACGACGAGAAGAAACGUCGCCGAGAACUCUUCCGAAAGCUAGCCAAAAAGGUCCUCCAAUAUCAUGGUCUAUCCGAAGCUUUAUCCGCUGCGGACAUAUCGGAACGAUCGACACUCGCUUCUGCCCUUUGGGCCUCUGAUGGAAGUUAUGGAGGCCUUCAACGACGAAUCAAGGUGAAGAAGACUCUGAUCCCACCGUCGAUCAACCUCAACUUUUACGCCAAGAUUGUCGAUACGGACAACAAGGCGAAGAAUGGAUAUCUUCACACGAUUGCGGCUCCGUUGAUCCCUCCUCCAAGUAUCUUUGAAUCUACCUACAUCUUCCCCGACUUUUACUCGACCUUCACUUCGGCUGUUCAAAACCUUCAUGGCAGACACUGGCUCGACUGGGAAUACAACUUCCACCGACACCAUGACCACGACGUUGAUGAUGAUGAUGAUCACAAGAAGAAAGCGCUCGACGAUGGGCUCGCGGCCUAUGCUCAAGACCUCAUCCAUGAGCUUUUCAGCAAGAAAGAAGAGGAAGCCAAAUUUAUCGGCACACCUCUUGCCACCAUGUUCGUACCGACCAACAGCGCUUUCGCUGUCCUUCCUCCUCGACUCAAGUUCUUCCUCUUUUCGCCAUUCGGUAGACGAGCAUUGACCAAGAUCCUCGCAUACCACUAUAUCUAUGAUGCUCUCAUCCUGACCGAGUUCCAACACUUCGGCAAAGACUACCCUUUACCAGAACACAAGGACGAAUUUGUGGCUCCUCAUGUCGUCGAGAGUGUGGACGGAGAGGAUCUUGCUCAGACGAUCAAGGUCACCAACUCGAUCAACGAGACGCUCAGCCUGUACAUUGAGAAGAAGAAGGUCCUCCCGGUGAAAGUGAUUCUCAAGGUCAAUGGGAUUGAAACCCUAGAGAAUGACGUUCAUGCCACAGGCGCUACCAAAGUGAUUCUCAAGGUCAAUGGGAUUGAAACCCUAGAGAAUGACGUUCCUGCGAGAAACGGUGCUUUCCACGUGAGUCAUUCGUCGACUUGCAUGACCCCGUCCCAGCUGACGGACGAUGAAUUCCAGCCUAUCGGGCUGAUCCUUGUUCCUCCUCAUCACCAUCACGAUGAAGAUGGCGUCGAUGUUUCAAGCACCGACUCGUGGGCCAACUGGGAAGAGUGAGUAGUUUUUCAGGUGGUUGUGAAUGCAGUCGCUGAUCAGAACCACCAAAGGUGGCUCCCUCAAUGGGUUGACGCGGAGUAAUCAGGGGGAGAGUCACCAGUCUUCGCUCUGAUGUCUUUAUCCUGUGCUGUGUUUAAACUAAAUGUGACAUGAUCCUGUGACUCCUGUAUCUGACCGACGGCGCGAUUCUGUUCAUACACGAAAGAGAUGU